AGCUGGGCGGGGCUCAGCGGGCAGGAGCAGGUGGCUGUGAUCUGCGGGAAAGGGUCCCUGGUGUGCGGAGAUACGCCUCCGGGGUCAAGAGGCAAUCGCGGUGUGGACACCCGCUGGACGGGUGUAAAGGAACGAAAGAGGCCCACCUGUAUGCACCUUAAGAGAGAGGUGCGCUCCUGCUCCAAAGGUUUUGGGGGCCCAAAGGACAGGAAAUACGGUGCUUGAGGAACGGAAGAAAAAUGCUGGAAUUCGACGUAAACUCAGGCCUGCGGUCUGUGUCCAAUUGAAUGUCCGAGGUUGAGUCCCUGCCUGAAAGUUUACCAGGUAGCCGCAUUCCAAGACACGGGCGGACAACAGAAUUGAGUUUUCUCCCGUCCCGAAACUUGACUCUUGAGGAAAGCGGAUUAAGUAAGGCGUUAACUGACAUUGUGUUUUUAGAAAGGCGGAAGGGGAAAAGAAGUCCUUCAUCACACACAGCUCUCCUUUACGAACGGCUUCCCGAAGUGGAAAAUUCACAAACUGAAUUCCGUAUCUUCAAUUUUCCCUCUUGCCACAGCCACCAAAUCAGAAUUAAAACGGAGCCCUGAAAUCCUCUCCGCGCGUCUGGAACUGAGCGCUCCGAGAAGCUGUAGAGAUGAUGUCAUCGCAGAGCGACAAAAGGAAGUGAGCUCCUGGGCUGCUGUGCCUCGCGCCAUCCGCAGUGCUCGAGUCUGACAGCUCUACGAUCUCCCCUCCCCUCCUCUUCUCGCGGCGAUGGAUAAUGCCUGCGAGUCGCUCACGGAAAAAGGUGGAGAGGCAGGGGCGUCAGAAGAGACCUCUGCUGUCCCCGGAGGCGCUGCGGCUACUGACACUGAGGGAAUCCCGGAGGAAGCUGAAGGAGGAGAUGCGGACUUGAAAGAAGCUUCGCUAGAGGAAAGCCAGCUCAAGAGUCAGGACAUCUCAGAUUUAACAGGAGUUGAAAGGGAAGAUUCAGCAUUACUUACUCCUGCAGCCAAAAAAAUGAAAAUAGAUACCAAAGAAAAGAAAGAGAAGAAGCAGAAAGUAGAUGAAGAUGAGAUUCAAAAGAUGCAAAUCCUGGUUUCUUCUUUUUCUGAGGAGCAGCUCAACCGUUAUGAAAUGUAUCGCCGGUCAGCUUUUCCUAAGGCAGCCAUUAAAAGGCUGAUCCAGUCCAUCACUGGCACCUCUGUGUCUCAGAAUGUUGUUAUUGCUAUGUCUGGUAUUUCCAAGGUUUUCGUCGGGGAGGUGGUAGAAGAAGAUGAAGAAACUGACUCAAGAUCACAGCUAAGGGUGAAAUUAAGAAAAACCCAAGUCUCUUCACUUCUUGCGAAGUGUUUUUCUCACUUGACCACAUGGGUUACAGCCAGAUUACAGAAAACUCUGGAUAAAAGAUUAUAUAUGAAAGUGCUCUUAAAACUGAAAAGUGCAGAGGGUAUAUGGGAAAUCUCUGUACCUUCUGCUCUAUAUUUUUAUGAACCUAAAUAAAUAAAGCCUAUUUUA